UUUCACUUUCUUCUAUAUUUUUUCCACAUAUCUUGUAGAUGAAUAUAUUCCAUACUUGCGAUGCCUAUCAAGUCAUAAAAUCUAGCUGCUUCAUAACACUCUGUACAUUUAGUCCCCAAGCAAUUAAAUAAUCGACUAAGAGCAUAAGUCCUAAAAUUUUCAAGCUUAAGUUUCCCCGUACUAUAAAUGACUGUAAAUAUACAAGCACAGCUAAGUUCCGAAAUUCAGUAGCCUUCUUUGCAGCAAACUUGUUAUGCAUUCUGUUUCCAUGGAGUCCUGUUUGAGUAGCGCUGUCACAAGAGAAUCUUGUGAAACAAGUAGAGGUGCCACUGAGGAGGUCCAAGUGCACAGCAUUUCAAUACAAACUAGUACCCUGGAGGCAAGGUUUGAAACUGUAAAGAAGGCAGGAGAAAAAGCAAAUAAUCACUCUCCAACACCAAAGAUACAGAAGGUUAUAUUCUUGCUGCGAGAUGAAAAAAAUUUCCAAAAGUACUAUGAGCCAAGAGUGGUAUCACUUGGUCCCAUCCAUCAUGGUAAAGAAAAGUACCAGCUAGGAGAGGGGUACAAGCUUGUGUUGACAUGUGAAUUCGUCAAUGGUAGCGGCAAGGAAAUAAAAGAUUUAUACAAGAAGAUUGAGGAUAACAUCAAGGAACUGAGGGAAUGCUUCGAGGAGGAGGUGACCAAAGCAUAUGAUGAUGAGGCCCUUGCUUGGCUGUUGUUCGUGGAUGGCUGUGCAAUACUACAAUACAUAUACUGCGCUACUAAAGACCAGUUCAAACAGUUGAACAUAAAAACUGACAGUGUUACAUUUGGACAACAGGAUUUGUUCUUGCUGGAGAACCAACUUCCUUAUCGUCUUCUCAAAUGGUUGAUGGGCUUGAGUAAGAUGGAAAAGGAGUUGAGGGAAUCAAUUGAAACUUAUGUUGCACACCACAGUAUGGUACCAGAUGACCAGCAAUUGAAGCAGCAACAAACAAAAGGCAAGAAAGGCGAUGCAUUUUGUUCAGAGGAGAAGCUAAAAGAACAAAUCAUAUCAAUUGAUGAAGAGCCUGUCCAUCUUCUCGAUCAUCUGAGGACAAAACUCUUGGGUAAAGCACCACUGGAAUCUUCUAUGAUUCUGAAGGGAAAAGCAGUCAAAGAUUGGCAAUCCUAUCGCAACAUUCAGGAGCUUAAAGCAGCAGGAAUCCAUUUGAAACGUAGUGACAAUAGUUGCUUGCGUAACAUACGUUUUAGUAAACAAAUCCUUCAUUUUGGGCACCUUUAUCUUCCACCAAUUAUUGUGGAUGACUCAACGAGGCCAAAGUUCUUGAACUUGAUAGCCUACGAAAUGUGUCUGGAUUUUGAAAAUGAUUUCGAGAUCACCUCUUACAUAUCUUUUCUUGAUUCACUGAUCGAUGAAGCUAGCGAUGUUAAGAUGCUAAGGAAAGCACGGAUUCUCCACAACUUCCUUGGCAGUGAUGAAGAAGUGGCUCAGCUCUUCAAUGAGAUAGGCACCGACUUGGUGCCUAACCCCUUUAUAUAUCUGAAUGUUAAGUUGCAGAUUCAGGGAUUCUAUGACUGCAAAUGUACAACAUGGAUGGCUCAAUUCAUCCACGACCAUUUCAGCAGUCCUUGGACGUUUCUUGCUUUCUGUGGUGUAUUACUAGGACUUGGUCUAACUGCCGCUCAGACUUGGUAUGCUGUCAAGUCUUCCUGGUCAGGAGACUCAGGACCAUGAGAUGACUUAUGCAAGAAUUUAACACAAACCUUGCAAAAGGUAAAGUUUUAUUGAUUUGCUUUCUCUUUCCAAGUGUCUAGCUAGCUAAAGUACAUGGUUUCUAUGCCUUUCAGUCGGUGGUUGCCAAAUAAAAACACUUUAAUAAGAAUUCAACGCUAGUUAUGCUUUCAAAGAAUUCAAUAUUAGUUAUGUUUUCACAUGGGUCAUCGUCCAAAGGCCACAUAUUGUAUAAAUUUGUUUAAUUUGGUCUUGAUGUAUUCGUGAAUGUAUGAAAUAAGUCAGAGUGUGAGUUCCAAAUUGAUGUAAUGUGUGUGAAAUGGAAAUAAUUAUGCCUAGGAUUUUGUGUGCAAAUUGCGUUAAAUGUAUAUGUAAUUAAGUUUGAGAUGAAUACUAUUUCAGUAUGUCGCCUAUAUUAUGAUUUAAUCUUGUAAAGGAAAAGGUGGAAAUAGACUCAAAUUUCUCUGUCCUCUCUUUUCUACAUGAAAGGGACAGUUGCAGUAGCAUUUGUGAACUGUGUAUCAACUAGUUGCUACAUUCUCUUGUCAUUGUGCAAGAGGCCUGGGAUCACAUCCCGUCUAUCAAGGAGGGCAGUUUGAGUAUUGAGUGAGUGUAAACUAUUAUGAAUGAAAUAGAAAAUUGCUGAGAUUGUAGAGAAGAAGCAAUAGGAAAGAGAAGGAGUGGACACAAGGGUUAUGUGUUUCAAAGUGACACCCUGCGUCCAUAGAAGAAGUCCAUGAUGGCUACAUCUUCACUUUCAUAUAAGGCUAUGCAAUAUGCUCAUUAAUAACCUUGUAUGAUCAUAGUGCAUGCCCUAAGCUAGAGUAUACAAAGCGCGCACAAUGAUUUAUGCAAUAUGAACUUGUGUGUGGCAUUCUAACAAACAGAUUGUGUGCACAAUAGUGAAAAAAGACAAUUUCAAGAGCCGUAGGUAAUGUCUAGUUUCCCCAAACUUCACACACACACAAUAUAAACUACUUAAGGGCAGAACACACUGCCAAUAUGAACCAGUAUGAAAGCACCAAAGCCGCCAUUCAAUAUUUGUUCAUAAUACAUGCGUGAAUAUGAGAGGUCAUAAAUCUGCAACUGUUGAAAAAAAGAAAGAAAAGAGGAAGAAGCAUGAUGUAAUGUAAUCAAUUAAUGCAUGAAAAUUAGUAAAAGAAGGACGUAGAUGACAUACCUAACAAUUAGUAAAUCUUGCGUGAGUGCAACAAGUUAGUAAGUUACAUAAAAUAUUUGAGGUGGAUAAGGCGAUAAAAGAAACCUUAAGUCAAUACCUCUCUUAAGCUUCUUCUUGUACAAAAUGAUCUCAAACAUAAAGAAUGCAUUACAGACUCAUUUGAGAGUUACAUAAUUUACCAACUAAAAUCGAAAAU